AUGAAACAAGUCGGGCAUCUAGCUCUCAUUGCCAUCGCGGCGUCCCUUGCAACGUCGUCACCAGUUCACAUUGAUCUCGGUCCUCGGAAUAACUUCUCUGGAACUAAUGUGACCGCUCUCAAUACGACUGCACCAUCUGGCGUUUCUGGAUCUAUUCCGCCGAGCUUUAACGGUACAUCUGGCAUUUCUGCAUCUAUUCCGCCGAGAUUUAACGGUACAUCUGGCAUAUGCGGAUCUAAUGUGACCGCUCUUAAUACGACUGCACCAUCUGGCAUUUUUGGAUCGAUUCCGCCUAGCUUUAAUGAUACAUCUAGCAUAUGUGGAUCUAACGUGACUAGAUUUGGUGGGCCUAGAUCUAAUGUGACUAGACUUGGUGAGACUAGAUCUAAUGUGACUAGAUCUGGUAUGACAGGAUUCAUUGUACCUGCAUCUACGGUCCUCGGACCUAGUGAUGCUGGAUCUGAUGCUGGAUCUAACACUGGAUCUGAUGCUGGAUCUAACACUGGAUCUGAUGUUGGAUCUAACACUGGAUCUGAUGCUGGACCUAACGCUGGAUCUGAUGCUGGACCUAACACUGGAUCUGAUGCUGGAUCUAACACUGGAUCUGAUGCUGGACCUAACGCUGGACCUAAUGCUGGACCUAACGCUGGAUCUGAUGCUGGAUCUAGCUCUUCUGCAUCAAGCGCCAAGUCCAACCCUUCUGAAUCUAGUACUGGAUCUGGCAUUCCCGAAUCUAGUACUGGAACCAAGACUGGAUCUGGAUCUGAUCCUCAAGUUGGUACUGGAUCUAGCACUUCUGAAUCUAAUACUGGAUCUGGCAUUCCUGAAUCUAGUACUGGAACCAAGACUGGAUCUGGAUCUGAGCCUAAAGUUGGUACUGGACCUAGCAGAUCUAAUCCUGGAUCUAGCACUCCUGGAUCUAGCACUCCUGGAUCCAAUCCAGGAUCUGAUGCUGGAUCUAAUAAUGAAUCCGGCACUUCGGGAUCUAGUACUAACGAAUCUGGUACUAAAUCUAGUCCUGAUGAAUCUGGUACUAAACCUGUUACUGGACCUGGUAUUUCUGGAUCUAAAGAUCAACCUGGCUCUUCAGUGCCUGGUACUUCCGGAUCUAAUAGUCGACCUGGCAUGCCGGGAUCUAGUACUAAAUCCAGUACUGAUGAAUCAGGUACUGAAUCUAGUCCUGAUGAAUCUGGUACUAAACCUGGUACUGAACCUGGUAGUCCUGGAUCUAAUGAUCAACCUGGCUCUUCAGUGCCCGGUAUAUCUGGAUCUAAUAGUCAGUCUGGCACUUCGGGACCUGGUGCUGAACCUGGUACUAAAUCUGGCACUGGACCUGAUGCUUCUGGAUCUGAUCAAUCUGGCACUUCGGGACCUGGUGCUAAACCUGGUACUUCGGGAUCCGGUACCGUCGCAUCUCAACCUGGCCUUGGAUGCAAGCAGCGGACCAACCUUGAUGACGUUAUCGAAUUUCUCGCCAGCAGCAUUAUCACUCUCGACAAAGCGAAGAUUAAAGAGGCCCUCAAGGACUAUGCUGAUAGUAUUCUCGACGACGCUUGUGGAAAGAGAUGA